AUGAUCUCUGUCUUCGCAAGAACUCAACACAACACCCGCUCUGCUCUGCUUUCCUUCUUCCUCCGGAUCCCAGGGUGUGGCGGCCGGCGAGCGGUUGCCGCGGCGGUCUCCCAGUGUUUAGGGCGCGUGUCUCCCUCCCCUCCGGGAAAUUCUGUCGCGGCUGCCCUUCCCCUCGGCUAGUACCUGCGACGGCGACUCCGUUCUUCGGCGAGAUCCACAGAGUACUUAGAAUUGGAAGAGACAGGGGGAGAUAAGAAGCUGACAACAUAUUUGGAAUACAGAGUAUUUAAGGCCUGUUCGGUUUUCCGCCAGCUCCGCGAUCUGUGGAGCGCGUAUUUUCCAGCUCCACUUUUUCAGCCUGCAGCUCCGCGGGCUCCGCGAGCUGAGCCUGGAGCGGAGGGAUUCCGAACGCUCCCUUAGAAGGCCUUCCAUUAUAUUUGGCUAGUACCGGGGAUUAUGCUCCCCUGGUUUGCUCUGCUCUGAUGGACACGCCAAACAGUCAAGAACGCCCUGUAAGAAACAAAAGCGAUGCUUCCAGUUCCAAGAGGAUGGUGAGAUCGAAGGUCGCCAUGGAGCUUCACCUUCUAUCGACUGACGUUCUGCGAGACAUCUUCUCACGGCUAUCACUCAAACAGGCUGUGAGGAUGAGUGUACUAUCUCGUGAGUGGAGGCGGUUAGGGAUAUGCCACCCGGACCUGGUGUUCACCAAAGACACCUUAUUUGGCAGCGAUACAGCCACAAGUACUGACCUGGAAUCCAUGACUGCUGAAUUCAUCACCAGAGUGGACAAUGUGUUACGCCCGCUGUGGUCUACUUCCACCACGACAACUACUACGGUCGAUAGGUUUGUUAUCAAAUUUGGUCUCGGCAGACAUCAAAUGCAUCACAUUGAUAGAUGGAUUAACUUUUGCACCGCGUCGAUGGCCAAGCACAUUGGCCUUGAUCUCAGGGGACGGCACCGCUUUGAACAUCCCGAGUACAUUGUCCCGCUGUGCAAACUCAGUGGCCCGAAUGGCUCUUGUGUCAAGUCUCUUCAUAUGGCUGAUGUAUGUUUAAAGCCGCCCCCUAGAUUCUGUGGUAUAACAAACCUGAAGAAACUGAGCCUACAUAGGGUGUCCAUGGAUGCAGGCGACCUCCAAUGUUUGUUGCUAAGUUGUGCUCGUCUCGAGAGUUUAAGCUUGGAUUUCUGCCCCUUGUUAAGUUUUACUAUACAUCAGCAGCUUUGCCGGUUGAAGUACCUGAGUGUGCGCGAGUGUGCGGUGGGAAUGAUACAGUUGCAGGCUCCAAACCUGACCACAUUUGAGUUCGAUGACUGUCUAACACAAAUUGUUCUCAAUGAAUCUUCAAAGUUGUCAGAAGCAACCUUUGUGUUCAAGAGCAGUUCAUACAACUUGUGUGUGGAUGCCUUCGACUAUAUCUUGACUGAGCUCCCAACUUCUAUUCCUUAUGUGCAUAAACUUCUGCUACAUUUGGUUAUUGGAUAUCAGGUGCAAAAUUUCAGUAAAAGAAACACCACUUUCAUCAAUCUGUGGCAUCUAAACCUGAAUAUCGAUAUCACAUACGAUCAACUCGAUGCUGACUGGGUUACGGGUUUGGUUUAUCUCUUGGAGUUAGCACCUCUCUUAGAAGAACUGGAACUGCAUAUUGAGUGUGAUAGAUCUAGUGAUGCUGUUCCUGCAAGGAUAGUGAAGGCAGCUCCAGGGCCUCUGCAUCGUCACCUCAGGAGUGCCCACAUUACUGGAUUUUGUGAUCUAAUGGGGAUAGCCGAGGUGGCGCUCUACAUCCUUGGGAAUGCUACUGUGCUCGAGCGUAUGGUAGUUGAUCCAGUGGUACGGAUGGACUAUGGGUACCCAUAUACAGGUCAAUUUUAUUGUGUCAGCAAGGCCGGUAGUAGCCUGGAGCUCGCUCAACCUAGUUUUACUGAGCAGGAGCUACAUGACAGGGAGUUUGCCAGGAAACACUUUGACAGAGAGGAGUUUCGUCACAUCCUCACCAUUUUAUGAAUAACAACACAAGGGCUUCUUCCCUAUAUAAAUGGAUGCUUGA